AAGCAGCCCCAGCAUCCGGACCGCAACAUCUCCGUCUCGCACCAUGAACCGCAAUGCUCAGCCCUUCCUUCCUGGCACCCACACUGGUGUCCCCCCAAGUUAUGAGAUACUCAAGGAGGAGCAUGAGGUGGCGGUACUCGGGAGGCCCCAGAGCCCAGCUCCCAUGGCCACCACCGUGAUCAACAUCCAGACUGAGACGUCCGUGCCCGACCACAUCGUCUGGUCCCUGUUCAACACAAUCUUCAUGAACUGGUGCUGCCUGGGCUUCGUGGCCUUUGCCUACUCCGUGAAGUCUAGGGACCGGAAGAUGGUGGGUGACGUGAUCGGGGCCCAGACCUAUGCCUCCACCGCCAAGUGCCUGAACAUCUGGGCCCUGGUCUUGGGCCUCCUUCUCACCCUUACGUUCAUCAUUCUUUUCUUCACUGGCUCACUGGUGGUUUUCCAAGCAAUUUCAGAAAUGAUGAAAGGUUAUGGAGGGUACUAGCAGUCGUCCAUGGCCUGAGGCCGUCACUCCUGUCACAGCAUUUUGUGUACAGGUCAGUCUACAACUGAAUUCAAUAAAGCAUGUGUGUGUGUGAAAAAAAAAAUGAGAGA